AUGUGUGAUAAUUAUGAAAUACCGCCAGAUUCACUUUGGUAUAACGGGGACAAUUUCGACUUCAAUGCUGACAUGAAUGAGAAUUCAACAUUUAACCCCCUUCUCCAAACCAACGAAUUCUGGGAUAAACUUUCAGGUGAAUUUUCCAACACCCCAGAAUGUUGCUUGCCAACUUUUCUUAACGGUGCACUGCCAACAACAUCCACUACAGGAGGGAUGUCUCAGAAUGCAUCUACAGCUUCGUUACUUCCCAUGGUGUUUCCACAGGCUAUAUCGAACCGAAACCUACCCUUCUCACCUCUGCCAUGCCAAUCAGGACUUUAUCCGCCGUCUCCAGGGUCCCUGACGCCCAUUUUGCCGAUCUCAACUUACGACAGCGGCCUUUCUUUCCAGAAUUUGCAGAUGCAAAGUCAACUUCUUGACUUUCAAUCUUCUCUGAUCUCAAAUCCUCUGCUGCCUUGUGGAGGUAUGAUACCAACUGGUGCUUUGAUGGUUGAUCCAAAUUCAAUGAAUGCACCGACAACUUCUACUAAUGGAGAAAUUAUUGCUGACUUCAAGCAGAAACCUUUGGUCAAUCAGAUAAACAAUGGUCAGAGUGGAUCAGUCAAUUUUCUCCCACCAUUAAUGCCUGACUUGACAGCCCCUUCAGUUCAACAGACUAAUAUUUCUGCAGGAGGAUCCCUAAAUUUCAGAUUGCCUGAUCCUCUUCUCAGCACGUCACAAAUGAUUCUUAAUGGUCUGCCCGUUUCUUCAACAGGCAAUUCAUCUUCACUCUCGCCCCCUUCCAUAUUGAAUUCCCUUAACAAUGGUACAUCCACCUAA